GGGAGCUGUCCAAGUGCUGAAAUGAGAAAAGGCGUUCCACUCCCAUUCCUCAACAGAGGACGGUCCUCCACCUGCGAAAUAUUUCACUUCAUAAGUAACAACGCGAACCAGCGGGACUGUCUUCACAGAGUGAGCUCUUAGAUCUGAGCCAAAAGCGUUCAGAGCGUUUUUGGAGUUUCACCCUCUCGGCGUUUGACCACAGGACUGAUGUAUCUUCACACCUCCUCUUCGCGAAAUCUGUUUUUGGGAGUCAGAGUUUCAUGAAACUAAAUUAUGAUCUGUGGCUACGUAGAGGAAUGUCUCCUGUAUUUUUGUGUGACACAAGAACACCCAAACGCCCACGACUUGGUCAGGAAGAAAGCAGUACCCCUAUUUGGAUUAUGUGUUUGACCAAUGUAAAUAUAUGGAAGAAAUAAAAAAGUGAGCACAUGGGAAAACCACCAGGAAUGAAUCGCUCUUUUAUGAAGGUUUUGGCAGCUUUAUUUACAUAUGUCAUGGCGACAAACAACUUCAGAGUUGUGGGUGCCAAGGAGCACGAUUCCAGAUCAUCGUCCAACAUGUCUCCAUCAGACUUUCUGGACUCACUCAUGGGUCGUACGUCUGGGUAUGAUGCACGAAUACGACCGAAUUUUAAAGGUCCACCAGUUAAUGUUACCUGCAACAUAUUUAUCAACAGCUUUGGUUCUAUAGCAGAAACUACAAUGGAUUACAGAGUGAACAUCUUCCUGCGGCAGAAGUGGAAUGACCCUCGGCUGGCGUAUAGUAAAUACCCAGAUUCCUCUCUCGACCUGGACCCAUCCAUGUUGGACUCCAUAUGGAAGCCCGACCUCUUCUUUGCCAACGAGAAAGGGGCCAACUUCCAUGAUGUCACCACAGACAACAAGCUGCUGCGGAUCUUCAAGGAUGGGACUGUCCUCUACAGUAUCAGGUUGACUCUCAUUCUGUCCUGCCCAAUGGAUCUGAAGAACUUUCCGAUGGAUGUCCAAACUUGUACGAUGCAACUGGAAAGUUUCGGCUACACCAUGAAUGACUUGGUCUUCGAGUGGCUGGAGAACGGUGCAGUGCAGGUGUCAGAUGGUCUCACACUGCCUCAAUUCCUUAUGAGGGAAGAGAAGGAGCUGGGUUACUGUACAAAACACUACAACACAGGUAAAUUCACCUGUAUAGAAGUCAAAUUUCAUCUGGAGCGACAGAUGGGGUACUACCUGAUCCAGAUGUACAUUCCGUCCCUCCUCAUUGUCAUCCUCUCGUGGGUGUCUUUUUGGAUCAAUAUGGAUGCUGCUCCUGCCAGAGUGGCGCUGGGCAUCACCACUGUGCUUACCAUGACCACACAAAGCUCGGGCUCCAGAGCUUCUCUUCCAAAGGUCUCUUACGUGAAAGCCAUUGAUAUCUGGAUGGCUGUGUGUCUGCUCUUUGUAUUUGCUGCAUUGCUAGAAUAUGCUGGGGUUAAUUUUGUCUCCAGGCAACAGAAAGAGUUCCUUCGCCUGAGACGAAGACAAAGGAGGAAUCACAAGGAUGAUGAUAUGCGUGAAGGCCGCUUUAAUUCAGCUGGCUACAAUAUGAGUCAGUGUCUGCCAACGAAGGAUGCCUCAGCUGUUAAGAACACUGAGCCAGCUCCUAACCCUCAACCAUCAGUCCCCAAGGACAUAGACACCCUGAAGAAGAAGUUUGUGGACAGAGCCAAGAGGAUAGACACUAUCUCCAGGGCCGGCUUUCCUCUGGCGUUCCUCAUCUUCAACAUCUUCUACUGGGUCACCUACAAGAUCAUCAGGUAUGAGGACAUCCACCAAAAGACUUAACCCUUGACAAACAACAUUUAUUUUGUUCAUUUCUCAGAUUGAGAAAUGCUUUGCACAGCGAAAUGAGAUGGGAGACUGUGCAUUGAAAGGUACCAUGGUGGAAAUGCUGGUGCAGUUCUUUCAGGGAUAAUGUAUAAUGUUCAUGCAUCAUACAAUAGUGCUCAUGUUCUGAGACACAGAUGUUUGUUGUUGUUGUUGUUGUUGUUGUUGUACUGCUGCAUAAUAUUUCCUGAUAAAUCUGGGAAAAUGGUUCUAACUCAAUGCUUAGUAAUAUGCUGGAAAAGAUGGACCAAUUGUUUAAAUAAAUUCUGCCUUGGCAUCUGUAAAAGGAACAAAGAAACAUUCCAUAGAUUUGUAACGGAAAGGUAGCUAAGUCAGACCCUCAAAUACUUUUUGUGAUUACAAAAAGGAUAUUUCUUAAGGAUGUUUAGGACUGUUUUAUAUUUUACUAUUGUCAUGGCACGUCCACUCUGUUUAUACAAAAAUAAAGCAGCAAACGUAAUAUAACUUAAAAUAUACAGGCAAAAAGCACAUUCAGUGCAGACGCAUCCUUCUGACAUUAGGAGCAGCACGCGUUGAGUGCGAACAAAGCAGAUGAAAAUCUGGAAUUGCGAAUUGGAUACUGCAUUUUUACGAAAUACCUGAGGCCUUAGAUAUCAGAGAUUUGGAGAGAUGAAGUGCAGUGCUUCUCUAUUUUUUCAAGCAUCUCCUCUUUCUAGUGGUCUAUCAGAGUCGAAGGCAGUGUUUGAUCUUUUCUACCUGUGGCCAGAGUACAUCCAAAGGUACUUCUAGUUGUUUUCUUUCUCUCUAAGUGUAUUAUAAAUCAUAUUCCUGUGUAUUAUCACUUAAAAUCAAUGUAAGUUUAUUCAGAUGCUAUAAAAGUCACACAUUUUCGUUUUCAAAUAAUUUAUUAAACAAACUGUCAUAUAUUUCACAGACUAGGUUCAUAAAAAGUAUAAUGGCCAAGUGUAUAAUGUACAAUGUUGUCAUAUGCCCAUAUGCACAUGAAUUUAUUUAUAUUCCAGGUAAAUAAAUACCCCAGGUAUCUUAGGUAUGGUUUUAGAGUUUGAGACUAUGUUAUUUUGUAGAUUUAGUCUGAUGAAAUAUGUAUUGUAAUGGAGGAAAGGUUAUGUUCAUUAAGAAAAAAAAAGCUUUCUGUAUACUUCUUCAUCCUCCGCUGUGGCCGGUUUAACUUCACUUAGCUUGUCUGUUGCUGGAUGGUGACAUAUGUUGGGAUUCAAUCGUGAAAGACGGAUCUGCAUAACAUUCAUGGUACAGAGCAGCUAAUGGUCCUUGCACUCCUGAUAUACUACUGUAGUGAAAAACUCCUUUCUUGAAUGCUAUUUCUGAAAAAAAAAGGUUAUUUACUGGUCUGUACAUCAAUAAAAUUGACUGCACCAUAUUUACUUUA